CGGAACUGGUCGUUUUGUUGUUGCACCAGGGCUGCUGUCAUGUGAUAGCUCGCCCAGAGAGCUGCUGUUGACAGUAGCUUCCUACUUUUAGAUGAAGCUAAAGUAAAACGAAACCGGAGAGGAGGUUUAUGUUUUUCGGAGAAGAUAAACGUGGCUUAUUUCUGACGGUCAACAGGAGAGCUGGGGUUGUGUAGUUGGGCCCCUCGGAUGCCGUCAUGGGUUGCUGUUACAGCAGCGAGAACGAGACUCCCGAGCAGGUAGUUAGCAGUUAGCUAGCCAACACUAUCACGUUUAAUAUUUGCUUGUUAUUAAGAAACAAACCCCGCUGUUUUGUUUUAGUCUUUCGAGAAUACUUCACACAUAAUAUACAUUGAAGUACUGCACCAUAGAGUCGUGAAAGGUGGUUGUAAAGACGAUCAUGUGAUAUGUCACCUAAAAGAAGUAGCUUUAGCUUGCUGGUUUGAGCCCUCGGGAAAGGCCUGACUCAGAUCAGGCUCUGAAGUUAGCUCACAAAGGUUAAAACGAUCAAAGUUACGAAGGGAGACCAAUAUCUGUGGCAAUCUGUAAGCAAAGAAACAUACACACAGGUUGUUUAUGUGUUCAUUUAUUAUGCUUUUGCUAUGUUGACGAAUAGUGGCAUUAUAGUUUGUGGCUAUGGGAUUGAUGAUAUAGAGCAAACUGGAAAAACCCUGUGCAGAUCGGAAGCAUUAAUAAAAACAAACAAAUAAACGUACCGAACCAUGACAUAAACCGAUCUCAUCCGAUCUCAAACCGAUCUCAUCAAAAAGUAAUUAAAAAUUUGAGUAUUGCUGUCUUGUUUAUGUUUUCUGUCACAUGAUCCUGAAGAUCCAGAGCUAUUUUUAGAUCAUGGAAACAAGGCAGUUCUUCUCAUAUGCUGAGCAGCUUCCCUCAGUUAGACUCAGUUUUAUAUUUAGGGUAGCUUAAGGAAUGAAUCAAAGCACACAUCUACUUUUGUGUUAAACUGAAAUUAUAACAAAUGAUCUGACAAUACAACAUUUGUUUCAUUUGUCAGAUAACCAUCAGAUGAUGAGAUUAUACGGUUAAAAUUAGUGUGAAAUUGAUUUGUUUUAGUGAUUCAAUUGAAAGUUCAAUUUUACUGGGAACAAGUAGUACAGUGUUGGAUUACAGAUUAAUGUUGGUUUUAGCUGUUAGCUGAUUGUGAUUACAGAUAUGGUUUUGGUGGGUGGUUGGGUUAAGCAGGGUUUGACUGGAAUCUACUAUUGCCAUUCUCUGGCUAUGUGACACUAUUCUUCUUACGUGUUAUGCUAUUUAUUAUCUGUAUUUUCUGUUCUGUUGUAGGACCAUGAUGAACGUAAGCCUUUGAUCCCUCCUCCGGUCAGCAAACCCCCAAAUGGGACAGACUGGAUCACUACCAGUGUCCCUUCAGCGCGGACAGAUGAACAGGCCCUGCUCACAUCCAUCCUAACCAAGACAGCACAGUAAGAGAUUCCUUCAUGAGCCAGACUUGGCAUGUUUCCCUUAUUACUAUAGGCAUUAUUCAUACUCUAUUUUUUCCUGUCUGUUAGGAACAUUAUUGAUGUCUCAGCAGCUGACUCCGUCAUGAUGGAGCAGCAUGAAUACAUGGACAAAGCUCGGCAAUACAGGUACGAGGGUGCUCACUCGGGUUAUAUUUGUUGUGGAGGUCUGUUGCCCUGAUGCAGGGUUGUGACUAGUUUGUAGUGUAUGGGUAUGGAAAGAGGAAGGCAAGUAUCAUUAUUGUAGCACAAGUAAAUUCAGAAUACUUCACACAUGAUAUAAAAAGAAACAUUAUAGGGGUCUGAACAAACAGUGUGGUCAAGGUUUUUGUUAUUAUUGUACUGAUUGGAACAUGGUUAACACUAAAAGAGUUAAAACAAGCAGUAAGAUUUUAAAAUGAAUUCGAAAAUGAACGGGAAGCCAAUGGAAGCACACCAGAAUUGGGGUACUAUGAAGUUUGUGGUAAGAAACCUCAGUUUAUGAUUGUAUAUAAGUCCAAACUCUGAACUUUAUAGAGCUAUAGAAAAAGUCUUCAAAUUCUCUGCACACCAUUUUAAAGUAAGAAUGAUCUGGUAUGAAGUUACUUGUGGAUGUGUACGGGUUACUCCAAAAACCUAUGGUUGGUGUCUCCAUAAAAGAAGGUGCAAGGAUUUCAACUGUUGACAGUAUUUGUGAUGUUUCCGUCAAGCCACGUAGAAGUGUAAAAGUCUUUAUUUGCAGCGACAUAAGCCCAAGACAAGACACAAGUAUUUUUAAAAUAUCUGAUUUGUGGAUAAAAUGUAUUUUACUUGAACAGCAGCUUACCUCAGCCUAUGUCAAACUGUGUUUUCUUGUUGUUUCAGCACAAAGCUGGCUGUGUUGAGUAACAGUCUGCCCCAGAAAAAAGCCCUUGCUCUCCCCUCCCUCACCAGUCAGCCCCAUCAAGUGCUUGCAAGUGACCUGGUGCCAUACUCAGAUGUUCAGCAGGUAAUUAUACACCAGCAUACAUUGAAUAAACUGUAUUAAAGCAUGUGUUAACUCUUUGUUGCUACAUUUUGCAUCAGAGAGCUACUCAUUAGAAAGUGAUAUGCCUCAAGUGUAGCUGAGAGCCAUUUAAGCGUGUGGUGGGUUCAGCCAAAUGUGUCGCUAAAAAUAGAUCAAAAUGAUGUCUCAUGCUUUUCUGUUCAUGCUGUUUUUAUUUGUUUUAUCUUGCAGGUCUCCAAGAUAGCUGCAUAUGCUUAUAGUGCAAUCUCUCAAAUCAAAGUGGAUGCGAAAGAAGACCUGGUGGUCCAGUUUGCUAUUCCUUGAUUUUGCAAUUCUGGCCUGUCUACUGUUUGUCCCAUCUUGCUCUCUCUGUCACUCUGCAUCCUCACCCUCCAGCCCACCUAUAUUAAAGCAUCCUGGCCCUUGUGCUUCUUAGCUUUGCCUCACACUGCUACAAAGACAAAGAUGAUGUAAGAUUGCACCCUGUGGAUGUCCCAUAGUGUACUCAAUUAUGGGUGGGCAAUUAAUCAUAAUCAUAAGCAACCAUCGAGGUGUGAUCACAUAUACAGCACAGCCGUUUGUCAGAAUAAGCCCUGGAAAAACUCUUACUCAACCUUCUUGGUGAACUCAUUUGAUAAGGAUUUGUAUGAUUGUCCUCAGUGUCUUUUAUUUUUUCCUAGGCUGUCUACUCAGGCAAGCAUACACAAGACUUUUCUCCAAAGCUUGUGGAACUGGAACGGCUCUGGUUGUUAAUGCUUGAUUCAAUCCACAUUGAAACAAGAGAAAUGGGGAUUCUCACAAGCACUGAAAUAAACGAAAGAUUAGAGUGCCAUAGGUCUUUGUGCACAUGUGAAGUAUUUUAGCCCCAUAUCUGGGCAUAAAAUGACAUGCAACAUGACUUCAAAAUUGUCUUUCAUAUGUUCUGGAUUGAUAAUGCCCACUCAUCGGUUUUUCUCCUCGCACUACAAAAAAAUUUAAGUUUAGAUAAAAGAAGCUAAAAAUGUCUUUGAAGGAGAAGAUGUCUUCAUGAAGUUGGUGGUUAUUAUUUAUUUAUCCUGACCCAAGAAUCGCAUCUCAUUACAACCUGAAAAUUGAAAAUUGAACCUGUUUUUCCAACUGAGGCCAAAUUAUGUAAGGCUUGUUCAUGGCUAAUGUCUUUUGGUGGGUGAGGAUGCAAACAAAAACAGCGAGGGGGAUGCUAGGUCCUGCAGAUGUCACUGGGGGUGGGAAAUGGAGUUUUCUUGGGGCAUAGGUAUCUCCUGUUUACAGACAGUAAUGUGUCUUCUGCAGUUUUCUAGCACUAACGAAAAUGAGUUAGCCGAUUCUUUCAAUCAAAUCAAAGAGCUUCACAUAUUAAAUAGCAGCAUAUGGAGAUGAAGGGGGUGGGUGUGUAUGGAAGUUUAUUCAUAUUCAUGCCUUUGUACAGAAUUUUCUGAUUGAAUAUAAAACCUGAUGGAUUGUAUGAAGUUCCUCUUUUUGUUGAGAGUUUGUUGUCCAGGAUUGGCCAAUAUCUUGUGGUUAUGACAGUUUUUAUGAAACACAAGAACACUUUUAAGGCUCGCCUUCGUUCGCUCAUCAGAUCGCAUUUUGUUAUAUGAUCAAGUUGUCCAUAUUAAUCAGAAACUAACCGCUGUAGCAGAGUGGAAGAGCAUUAACAAUCUAUGUACCGCCACAGAUAAAAUGAUCCAAGACCUUUCUGUGAUUAUUUAUUUGUGUUUUUUUAAAUGUAUAUUUGCUCUUUGGAGGAGAGCAUGUGACUGUAUGCGUGGGCAGAGAGCACAGUGAGUUGCUCUUGAGUCUCUAAGAAGGGAUGAUCUGCAAGGCUGUGAUUAUUUCAACCCCGCAACUGAUUUGAGCUUUUUGCAACGGGUUCUUGGCAUUUUUUCUGUUUUGUUUGUUACUCUGAUGUGUUAUACUACCUGACGUAUGUUUGUUAUAUCUUAGGCUAGUACCAAAAAGUUUUAAGAUUUGCGUUUAUUUUUUGUUUGUCAUUUGGUUUAAUUAAUUCAUUAAAGAUUUUCAACAUAA